AUGCGUUCUGCUGAUGUUUCCUCAGCGGCGAGGUAAUUAUAACGCAUUACGGGCAGCCACGCCGCUUCCGAAGGAAAAGGCCUCACAGGUUCGAUCACACAAAUAAGACAGGCACGUUCCUUCUGCCAGGAUGAGUCGGGUUGUCAGAGAUGCGGUACUGAGAUGGUAAUUCACUCGAAAACGAUCGCGCCCUGGCAGGAGUCCAGACCCAAGCUGUGGAGGCGGGUUCCUAUUGAUUGCGGAAUUGGUAGGUGUGACGACCGAAGGUGAGCACAACAGUUGUACGUGUGACUCCAACAAGAUCGGACCGUGGCGCUGAGGCAGGAUCUGUAAAGAACAUUUCUCAUAACCAUCGAUGAACAGUUGUAACUAGUUCCUAGCUUGAAGUGUAGGUGUUUAAACGCUGCUGCCAGAACGUUUUAUUCUCCAAAUGGUCGCAGGCAGGGAUGCCUGAGCGGUCAUUCCCGAUCCACAGAGACCUGGGCAGGCUGGGCCGGCCGCCUCCCGUUCUGUUCCCCCGGAGAUGUUCCUGAAGGCCAGGAGGAUGGUGACGUGUGGGAAGAGGCCGCUGAUGAUCCUGACGUGCCUGUGCUCGUCCCUGUCCCUCGGCUUCCUGGUGGUGGCGGUCGGGACGGACUACUGGCUCUACACGGCAGAGUACGUCAUGCUGUCCAACAAGACGGACGGGCGCCGCGUGGACGUCCGUGUGGAGGUGCACUCCGGACUGUGGAGGGUCUGCCCUAUCAUAGCUAACGGAAGCGGGUGCGCGAAGAUCUCGACGUUCGGCCCACCUCUGGGUAAAAACUACGGUCCCAGGGAGUACACCACUGACUCCAUCAUGAGGGUGAUCUCCUCCGCCAUGCCGUUUCCGGUAGUGAGUCUGGGGAUGACGUUUCUCGGCUGCGUGGUGUCGACCAUCGGACACGUCAACCCCAGACGGAAGCUCAACGCCUUCGCCUCCGGGAUCCUCUUCAUCCUCUCCGGUCUGUUCACCGUCGUGGGUCUAAUCGUGUAUAUCUCCGCCAUCAAUGACGAGGUGAUGCACCGGGACAAGAAGAACGCCGACUCGUCCUUCCACUACCAGUACAGCUGGUCUUUCUUCAUGGCGGCCAUGUCGUUCGGCCUGACGGAACUGUCGGGAGUCCUCUCCAUCUACCUGUUCAUCAGACUCUACAUGAGCGAUGACGAGGAGAAGGCGCGAAGCCGACACGCCGUGGCCAGGCGGGCCAUGUACCCGGCCCCGUGUCUCUCCGCCCCGCCCACUCCCCGGGGCUCCACGUACGACCACGCCGGCUACCCCUGCAGGAGCCUCUCCAACGACGGUCCGUACGCGCCGCGAAGCCCCUCCAGCAACUCCCUGGGAGGCUACAAGAUGCGGAACUCCUCGACUCACCCAGAGGGAGGGUACCCGUUCCUCGGAGAGUACAAGGCCCGGAAUUCUACCAUCAACCCCGCCGCCGCUGCCGAGGAGGAGGGAUACCCCAUGUCGUACCAGACCGCCAUCGUUAACAGAUAUCCCGAGAGACUGACUAUAUUAUGACACAACCGCAGGUCAUUGCCUUCCGCAUCCACGAUGACCACAGACGUCUGAACAUAUGCAUCGACCUGUCUGGACGCAGUGCAGACCGACAAACUCACGUGGUUAAGGUCUCCACUAAAAGCAAGGACGAAGAUAGUCACAGAGCAAGUACUUCUGACUCAGUCAGUCAGUUCGAAAGUCACCAAACUGUCACCAGGAACACCGUGUAAUCGGCAGAACGGGAGGGUAGAACAUUGCAUGCGCGCCGUGGCUCUUUGGGAUCUGAAACUGGGAGUCAGCACGACUCGGACCAUUACCAACUCGGCCCAUCGCAAAUCUGGUCAAGUCCUGGUCAACUCGGCCCACCACCAAGUACUUGACACAAAAUAUUGCAAAAUAGCAACUUCAUGACUCGAAACUUAACUCGAAACUGCAGGAACAACCGUCCAACUCGUGUGCACAUGGCGCCCUAUGGUAUAGUGCCUUGCGUUGGUUCUUGCUUUGUAAAACUUUCAAAGAAAACUAGUCGUCGAUGUAAGGUGUAAGUUGUAUCAACAGCAGAGGCCUGUGAGAUAUCCUGCAAGUGAUCACAAUCUAAAGGCACGUGGACUUGAGAGUUGGACACGUGAACAGCUACCAAAAGCAGCUAGCAACGCGCUAAAGCUUGUUUAAUGAUGAUGCAAAACGCCAAGCCACUUUCCAAGACCACACACGGAAGAAGAAAGCAACCUUUUGGAGAAAUCUAGCCUUGAAUAUGCAGCGUUUGCCACGGUGUCUGACUGAUCAGUAAAAAGUUUAUAAGGCAGUCGAGCUGCAUCAGGUGUACAUAGUCCAGAACACCUUUGAUUUGUAGUUUAACGGAAUCACAUAUUCUAUAUAUAUUUGUGGAUGUUUGCGAUAUCAAUUAUUCAACAGACUAUGAAAUA